AUGGAUCCUAAUAACCCUAAUUUUUCUAAUCAUUUCUCUGAUUUGGGUGAUGAUUUUGUCACUAAUUCUCGAUUUCAUCUUUUCCUACAAAGGCUUGGAAACAAUUCUUUGCAAAAUUCAACACAACAAACACCUCAUCAAACUCCUUUCCAAAACACUACCUAUGAACCACAUUCACCUCUUGUUUAUCAAGGCACCGAUUCUCAAUUAGAUGAUGAAAUGGAAGAAAAUGUUCCAGACACUCCUCAAUACUCUCCACCUCCUUCAAGAGUGUCUGUGAAUCAAAACCAACCACUAACAAAAGGAAGUCGAAUGUGGUCUGUUGCGGAGGAUGAAGCUCUAAUUGGUUUGUAUCUUCAAUUCAGUGAGGAUGCAAUUGUUGGUACAAGCCAAAAAGCAGUUGCGCUAUGGCGAAAAAUAUCUGCAGCAUAUGAUCAAGCACAGGUUGAGAGACCCCACAUCCUGCCGCCAAGACCUUUGAGGAGUUUGGAAAGCCGUUGGAGAAGGAUGGCAACUGAUUUAAUACAAUGGAGUAGUUGCUAUGACGAAGCUGGUAGGGCAACUGGAAGUGGUUACAACGAAGCAGACCGAAUUGCAAUUCAGAGUGCAACGACACAUCAAUUUUAUUGCAGAGAUUGCAUUGAAGUGUCAUAUGGACUAUAUAUACAUGCAUGA